AUGUUGUCGCGCUCGCUGUCCGACAAGAUCGCCAGCGACGAGAUAGCCGCCGCUGGAGAUCUACUACGUGACUUAUGGAGCUGCGUCAAUGCUCGCGAGAUUGAUGGAGCUGCUCGCGAUAUUUAUCCCAGCAUAAGGGAUGAGCCAAUGAAGCUAUCCCUGGAAUUUCUGAAAGAUAUUACAAAUGCUUUUGCCGAUGAGAGGAAGCUUGGCAGUGGUACAUUUGGAGACGUUUAUAAGGGGGUGCAAAAAGAUGGACAAGUGAUUGCCGUGAAGAUGCUCCGUUUCAUGUCAGGGAUUGACGAAAAGCAAUUUAAAACUGAAUUUGAGCACCUUAAGAGGCUGAAUCAUCAAAAUAUUGUGAAAUUAGUUGGCUUCUGCAAUGAAGAAGAGCAAGUACUUGUACUCCAUGAAGGGAAAACAGUACGUGCAUUUGAGAUACACAGGGCACUCUGCCUCGAGUUUGUGCCCAACGGAGGCCUCGGUAGGUUUAUUUCUGUGAAGCAUGCUGGACUAGAUUGGUCCUCACGGUUCAAAAUAAUAAAGGGGAUCUGCGAGGGUUUAAAAUACCUUCAUGAAGUUCAUGUAACACAUUUGGAUCUAAAGCCAGACAACAUAUUGCUAGACGAGGAAAUGGUACCCAAAAUCGCGGACUUUGGUUUAUCAAGGCUAGUCGGCGAAGAAAACACCAAGAUGACCCUAUUUCCUCUAGGCACGCUUGGAUACUUGCCACCAGAAUUCAUAACCAAGCAAGUAAUCUCAUUUAAGUAUGACAUAUUUAGCUUGGGUGUUAUAAUAAAAAAAGACGGUGGCUGAAAUUUUCGACUACUCAAACAUUGGUGACAUGGACGACCUGGAAUGUAUUGAGCAUGUAAGAAUAAGUUUAGAUUUACAUUAAUAUUAAACCAUUUUUAAUGUAUGUCACCAGAAAGUUUUAGUCCAAAAUGUCAUUAGUUCAACCUCAACUCCAGAAUUCCUUUUGGAUAUAGGCUGCUAAAAUUUUGCUCUCAAGUUUAGGGCCGGGGAAAGGCAACUUCUAAAACAUGCCCCUUCAAUUAUUUUCUACU